GAUCUGGGUGGUGUCAAGAUCUGCUUGGACUUUGAUCUUCAUUGUUAGCAUCAUCGUUCGAGUGCACAUUCAACUCGAGCCUGGUCAAUCGACUAUUUCGAACACGCUCUGAGCAAGUGAGCUUGUUUCUAUAUCCUAUCUCGACGAUCAUCUCUGGGAGACCUCGUCCUGUUAGAGUAUACACAUAACAAUGGAGUGCCUCAAGAACAAUUUUGUUGAGGGCCAACUUUUGGAUGGACGGUUCCGGACCGUCGCCCCUUUGAACCAUGGAUCUUUUGGCAUGGUCUUCCUGGCAACUGACUUGCAGACUGGUCAAGAUGUCGCCAUCAAGUGCAUGACCAAAUCUUCCUCUGGCGAUCCUUCGAAUCCUUCUCCAUAUGAUGCCCGCACCGAGGAGCUGGAAUGUCACAAACGUCUCAGGUUCCAUCCGAACAUCGUCAACCUCAUUCAUUCCUUCGAAACAGAUGCUCACAUGUAUCUCGUUCUGGAAUACUGUUCAAAUGGUGACCUGUACGAGGCAAUCCGGCUCAACCGUGGUCCGUUGGAAACCGAACACGUGCGAGACUUCAUGCUGCAACUCGUGAGCGCAGUGGAGUUCAUGCACGCAAAUGGCCUGUAUCAUCGUGACAUCAAGCCCGAGAACAUUUUCUUGAUGCAGGAUGGCUCCAUGAAGUUGGGUGAUUUCGGUCUGGCGACGCGGGAGGCUUGGUCUCAUGAGGCCUGCGUUGGGAGUGACCGUUACAUGGCUCCCGAGCAGUACGACCCCUCUACUGUCGGCUAUUCCCCCGCAAAAGCCGACAUCUGGGCGAUUGGGAUUUGUCUUCUGAAUGUGCUCUUUGCCCGAAAUCCCUUUGCCACGCCAACGGAAUCCGAUAUCCUCUACGCAGACUACGUUCGGGAUCGCCAAUCGCUGUUCGACAUCUUCCCCAACAUGUCUCAGGAUACCUUUGAAAUUCUGAGAACUGCCCUUGCUAUUGACCCCACGAAGCGUUCUCUUUCUGGCAUUCGCGAGGCUAUCUUGCGUGCUGUCACGUUCACGACAGAUGAUGACGCGCUGGACGAGUUCUGCACGGACGACCGUGAGGUGGUUGCCGCCAGUGCCAAUCGGGAGCCGCUUCGGACCCCUUCCAUCCAGAGUCCUCAUAUCAACCAGGGCGACUCGUUCCCCUGGGCCAAAGCUCUCCAAGCCAGCCCUCCCCAAACCUUCCGGCAGCUCUCUGCCAUUCCCGACAACGAGAGUUACACAGAAGACCUUUUCCCUCCCUCGGAAAUUGCUGGUACCUCCUGGUUUUCUGUCCACCAGGGUACCCCAUCUAUGGCCUCCGUCCUGGAGUCUGCCAUGGGUGAAUCAUUCCGGUCUCCCCCGUUCCGCAGGAAUGAGGUUCGAUUCCCGCCUCCUUCGGAUCCCGUCCCGAUCACCGGCUCUUUGCCGAGCAAUGCUACCAAGCGUCUGCCUUCACUUUCGAUGGUUUUCGGCAAGAAGAAAGAAGAGCAGAUCUCCAAGAGCUGGAGCGACCUCUGGGAUGAGGAGGAAGAAUCUGAAGUUGAGGAUUUGGCUUUCCAGCAGCGUCGCGAGCAGAACUCACGCAGCUGGAGUCACGAGAGCAACACCCCGGAGAUUCGUGGAUCCCUGACUGCCCUGCAUGAAGUGGUCAGCAAUUCUCUCCUCAACGUUCGCGCCCACCAAAUGAACACAUCUCACGAGAAUUCCGAGAAGGUUGUUUCCAAGUCCUGGGACCCGAGAGCGGGUAUCACUGCUAUCAAGACCCCACCUCGCUCUCCUGAUGCCUCCCCGCAGAAGUCGAGCCUCGACAAGUGGUCGGCGCUGGGGGAUCGCCGGAGGAACUUUAAAUCCCCUGAGAGCUCUUCUGGAAAGAAGUUUUCAAGCAACAUGAGUUGGAGGAAGGACUGGGGACUAGGAUCUUCCGGCUUCGACUAUGGCUCAUGGGCCAAGAAAGAGACUUUCACUCCUCCGGACCGUGAGCGUCGUCGUCGUCCCUUCCAGGAGAAGGGUCGGCGUCGUGAUGCCUGGGAGUCUCCAAAGGCCGCCAAUACCAAGGCUGCGAACCAUUACGAUGGCAGCGUCGACGAAGAUCUCGAUCUCGUCGGUGGCUGGCACGACCUUCACCUGUAAGGAGCUUAGCCUCACCUCUGGUGCCGGUGUCUGACGUUCCUCCACUCUAUUGUACCGUCCAAUAUCACCGAGAAGAGCAAACCAGUUAAUAAACAAACAUUUCAACAAAUAUUCCGACUUGUUUUCACUUUCGUCCUUUCCACUUCUACUCCGAUGCAUUUC